UGUGAGCGAUGGCGAAAUUCCUGCCUUUUCUGCGAGGAACGGGGUUGGAUGGAAAGUUAUCUCGAUAAAACCAGCAGCUAGGCUGACAUUAUCGAUACUCGUCGUCGUCAUAGUUGCUUGCCUUCUCACUUCGGCCCGUCCAGGGUGCAUUUACAAGACGCCGCCGUCGGUCGCUAUACGAGGAAAAAGCACAUCAUCUUGCUAACUGUUAGCCAGGUAGCAUCGGGGGAGCUAACGCUAGUAUGUCACAUUUUUGCCUUGUCUGGGGCUCAUCGCGGUAGCUAGCGGAUUGUCGCCGUCAGGUGUUGCGGGAAGCCGUCGGGGUUGAACAUUUUUUGGGGAGAAGAGCUGUGAAGGAAACAUCGGUGUGCAUCCAGACUGCUGCUGCUGCUGUGCCAACCUGACGGACAGUACCUCUUCAGUGGUGUGAAUGAGGGAGACAUGGCAGACCACACGCCACCUCUGGAGUCUGGCCAGCUUCUCAGCCCUGAACUCCCAAUCCUGGCCUCACCGCCGCCCCCAGCCAUGGUCAAUGGUGAGGGCCCCCAGCAGGUAAUCCUGGUGCAGGUAAACCCAGGUGAGGCCUUCACUAUUCGAAGAGAGGAUGGUCAGUAUCAGUGUAUCACAGGUCCUGCUCAGGUUCCCAUGAUGUCUCCAAAUGGUUCAGUGCCUCCAAUCUAUGUGCCUCCUGGAUACGUUUCACAGAUCAUAGAAGAGAAUGGAGUGCGGCGGGUUCUGGUCUUACCUCAGCAGCCAGAGUUCCACCCAGGGGGCCACUCCCCUCUCCACCAUCCUCCACCUCCACCCCACGCCCACCUGCCUGCCUUCAUCCCCCACCCUGCCAUGAUGCCCCCCCCUCCUCACCUGUACACGGGCAUGGCCGGGGGCGUGGGCGACAUGAGCUCUCAGUACAUCUCCCAGUACCAUCCGGCUCAUAUCUACUCGGAGCAGGUCUCUGCAGAUUCUCACGCCCAACACGGACGCCCACAGUUUGUUCACAGAGAUGACAGAGCGAGCAAAGCGCACGAGCGUCUGCAAAAGAAGCUGAAGGAGCGCCAGGGAGGCGGAGGGGGCGGGCAAGUGAAGGACAGCCCGCCCUCGUCGCCGCAGAAGACCUGCAGCAGCCCCCCGACGGCAGACAUCCACAACGGCGUCGGGGGGAAAGGGCUCGACGCGGAGCAGGGGCAGCUCAGGCACGCAGUAGCCUGCUCCGACAAACAUCCCGGCAGGGGCAAGAACGGCGAGUCGGGAGAGCUGGACAAGGAGUCUCAGGCCCUGCAGGCCCUGCUGAGCACCACCAGUAACCCAGUGGUGUCAGACAUUCAAGCCCGGGGAGCGGUGGUGAGCUGGAGCGGUCCCACCAGGCUGGAGAGCGAGAACGGCAGCGUGGAGGACAGCAGCAGUCCCCCCGAGCCCUUCAGCUUCGAGGUCUCCGUCUCAGUUAGCGGCAAAGACGGGAAGUACCAGAGUGUUUAUUGCGGGGAAGAAUUAAGUGCAACUUUAGAAGACCUUCGACCAGCAACAGACUAUCAUGUCAGGGUCCAGGCGAUGUGUAACUGUUUACAGGGAAGCCCUUCAGAGGCUGUGAGCUUUACCACUUUAAGCUGUGAGCCAGAUCCUCCCAAUGCUCCCAGGAAGGCCAGUGGGACCAAAAACACACUUGUUCUCCAGUGGAAGGCUCCGUGUGACAACGGUUCCAAAAUUCAAAACUACAUUCUCCAAUGGGAUGAGGGGAAGGGCACCGGUCUGUACGAGCAGAUCUACUAUGGACCUCAGAAGCAGUACAGAGUGGCCAAGCUCUCCCCGGCCUCCAGAUACUCCUUCCGGCUCGCAGCCAAAAACGACAUGGGAGCGAGCGAGUUCAGUGAAGUGGUGGACCUGUUCACCUCAUGCAGUGUGCCAUUGCCACCCUUCCCUCCAGAGCUGGAGAUGGCGGGAGUGACCUGGCUGUGUGUGAAGUGGCAGAGGCCAAGUAGCUCUCCGAAGGAGGACGACAUCUACUAUAUAUUGGAAAUGGAGGAGGAGGGCUCGGGAUACGGCUUCCAGCCAAGCUACGACGGCGACGAGCUCUCCUGCACGGUCAGGAAUCUCCACAGGAGCACCAAGUACAAAUUCCGGGUGGCGGCUUACAACUCGGAGGGGAAGAGUCACCCCAGCCCGGUGGUGGAGUUCGUCACCAGCCCAGACCGACCCGGCUGCCCCUGCAGGCUCGCCGUCCGAGGCAGAGUCCUCCCCAACAGCUUCAAGAUAGUCUGGGAGCCCCCAAAAGAGAACGGCGGAGCACAAGUCACAAAAUAUGUAAUGGAGCUGUCUGAGGGCUUGAGCGGCCUGUCGUGGGGGCUGGUGUACUCGGGGCCGGCCCUGGAACACGUGUGCGACGGUUUGAAGCCAGGCUGCUCCUACCAGACGCGAGUUUACUGCAUCAGCGAGGGAGGGCAGAGCCCGCUGUCAGAAACGCUGCAGGUCCAGACUCCCGCAGUGCCCCCAGGGCCCUGCCAGCCCCCUCGGCUGGUGGGCAAGCCCAAAGCCAGGGAGGUGCAACUGCGCUGGGGUCCGCCCCAGGUGGACGGAGGAAGCCCGGUGGCCUGCUACAGCGUGGAAGUGAGUGGGCCACAGUCUGAGGAGAGCCGGGAGGUUUACCAGGGCGCGGAGCUGGACUGCUCUGUGGGAGGACUGCUGCCUGGGAAAACCUACACGUUCCGCCUCAAAGCAGCAAACAAGGCCGGGUACGGCCCUCUCUCGGAGCGCUGCGAAGUCACCACCGGUCCCGGAGCGCCGGAGCAGUGCAAGGCGCCCUCCACCACAUGCAAAUCCCCCAGCUGCGUCGUAAUCAGCUGGGAGUCUCCUCCUUGCAACGGGGCUCCGGUGACGGAGUUCCGGCUGGAGUGGGGGGCCGCGGAGGGCUCCAUGCAGGUCUGCUACAACGGAGCGGCGCUCAGCCACGAGAUGAAGGGCCUGCUCCCCGCAACCAACUACUUCUGCCGGGUGCAGGCGGUGAACGUGGCCGGCGUGGGCGCCUUCAGCGAGGCGGUGCUGUGUCAGACGCCCUGCUCGGUGCCCGCGGCCGUCAGCAGCAUCUACGCCCUGAAGGAGUCGGAGCUGCGCCGGUAUGAGAAUCCAGCCGACGAAGACGAGGAGGAGGAGGAGGAGGAGGAGGAGGAUGGCGGCAAGCCCCAGCCGCCGCCUGUGUACUCGCCCUCCACCUGCCUGGGGAUCAGCUGGGACCCGCCCUGCGACCACGGCGCCGCCAUCACCUCCUACCUGAUCGACCUCGGCGAGCGGCAGCCCGUCGUCGUCGGCCCCGUCACCAGACACAUCAUCCAGCAUCUGCAGCCCGACACCAGCUACAGGAUCCGAAUCCAAGCCCUGAACAGCCUGGGCGCCGGCCCCUUUAGUCACACCUUUAAGCUGAAGACGAAGCCCCUCCCCCCGCAGCCCCCGCGCCUCGAGUGCACCGCCUUCAGCCACCAGACCCUCAGGCUCAAGUGGGGCGACGGCCCGGGCAAAUCCGCCGCCUCAGACGCCCUCCAGUACCAGCUGCAGAUGGGGGACCGGAGCGGCAGAUUUCUCUCCUUGUAUAAAGGGCCGUGCCACACACACAAAGUCCAGAGGCUUAAUGAGUCUACCUCUUACACGUUCCGCAUCCAGGCCUUUAAUGAGGCGGGCGAAGGGCCCUUCUCCAAUGUUUACACAUUCACCACCCCGCGCUCCCCCCCAGCCCCCGUCAAAGCUCCUAAAGUGGAGCGUCUGGACGACACCUCCUGCGAAGUCACAUGGGAGGCCUUGCCGCCCAUGAAGGGGGACCCGGUUAUCUACACCCUGCAGUGCAUGAUGGGAAAUUCAGAGUUCAAACAGGCGUACAAAGGCUCGUCCACCUCCUACCAGGUGCAGAACCUGCAGCCCAGCAGCGACUACCGCUUCCGGGUGUGCGCCGUGCGGCAGUGCCAGGACGCCCCGGAGCUGGCCGGGCCCUACAGCCCCACGGUGACGCUGCCGCCGCAGCGCAGCGACGUGGCGCCGGGCCCCGGCGCGGCCGGCUCGGGGCCCAGGACCGGCCCGGAGUGCGGCCGGGCCCGGCAGAGCCUGACAGACGAGCAGUGCGCCUUCCUCCUCCUCAUGGUGUUCGCCGUCAUCGCCAUCCUCAUCGCGUUCGUCAUCCAGUACUUCGUCAUCAAAUGA